AUGUCCAAAGCAAAUUAUAGUACAAUCACAGUAGAUCCAGAAGGAGCAAGUGAGCCAAGAGAAGAAAAUCGAAAAAGAUUUCAUAUCAUCGUAGGAUCCAUCAUUCUUGCCUUUAUUGCUUCAGUCAUUAUUGGAUUCUUUAUUUUAUUGGGCAAAAAUAAUGCAGACCCUCCACGUAACGUGAUCAUGAUGAUCAGUGAUGGAUUUGGACCUGCUUCUGAAACAUAUGCCCGUCAAUACUCCACUUGGCUCAACAAACGCGAUGUCAAGAGCAUGUUACCCUUGGAUGAAAUUCAUGUCGGUCAUAGUCGUACUCAAAGUAGUUCUAGUCUAGUCACAGAUAGUGCUGCAGGUGCUACUGCAUUUGCAUGUGCACACAAGUCAUAUAAUGGCGCGAUCGGCGUGUUUCCAGAUAAAAAACCCUGCGCUACCGUCUUAGAAUCAGCCAAGAUUCAUAAAGACAUGCUGACUGGCCUCGUCGUCACGUCUCGCAUCACUCACGCUACACCAGCUUCCUUCUCGGCUCAUGUUGCCUGGCGUGAUUGGGAAAAUUUGAUUGCAGAGCAGCAAAUUGGACAUACUCCUCUCGGCAGAACGGUUGAUUUGAUGUUUGGAGGUGGUAUCUGUGAGUUUUUGAGUAAUGCGACUGAAGGUAGCUGUCGUGCGGAUGAUCGUGACUUGUUUAAGGAAGCACAAGAUACCUUUGGCUGGAACGUCAAGUAUGGAUCAAGAAAGCAUUUAGAUCACUUGAAGGAAGAUGAUGUUGAAUUACCCAUCAUGGCUUUGUUUGCGCCUCAUCACAUGGAUUAUGAGAUUGAUAGAAAGCACGAUGAACAGCCUGCACUUCAUGAAAUGGUAGCCAAAGCAUUAGCUAUUCUUGAAAAAAAGUCAAAGGAGCAAAACAGGGGAUUCUUCCUGAUGAUCGAAGGUAGUCGUAUUGACAUGGCUGCUCACACAAAUGAUCCUGCUGCCCAUGUUCAUGAUAUUCUCGAAUACCAACGUACGGUUCAGUUGGUCAAAGACUUUGUAGAGGAACACCCAAAUACAGUCAUGGUUUCAACUAGUGAUCAUGAAACAGGAGGAUUUACUGCUGGAAGACAAGUGGGUGAAGAUUAUCCCGAGUACAAGUGGAAUCCUGAGGUGAUUCAACGUGUUCAAAAUUCUUCUGAAGCAUUAGCAAACGCCUGGGAAUCAUUUAUAAAGACUGAAUCAAAUGUUCAGGUGAUUGAUCAUUUCCUUCGACACGUUAUUAUCAAGGAUGGUUUAGGCAUUGAUGACGCGACUGAAGAAGAAGUUGACAAGAUCAAGGCCUGGGAAAAGAGUGGCAAAACGGCCGAACAGCUGGCCUAUCUAUUUGGCGACAUGGUUUCUCGUCGUGCACUUAUUGGCUGGACUACUCAUGGACAUACGGCUGUUGACGUUAACUUGUAUGCUAAAGGAGAUGGUACUGAAGUGUUGCGAGGUAGUCAUGAGAAUACAGACAUUGGUGACUUUAUUAUCGAUUAUCUUGGUUUGGACCUUGAACCACUCACGGAUAAACUCAAGGACUUACCCGUUUCCGACGAGUUGCUUUCAAUGCAAAUGGAGAAUAGAGUGACAAGCUAUCAUGGUUAA